GGACUCUUCUCCUCCUCCUCCACCUCCUCCUCCUCCCGCGCCUCUGCCGCCGCCGCCGCCUUCUCCUCUUCCUCUCAGCGCCUUCGCUUCUCUCCCGGCCGCCCGAAGUAGAUCCAGGCGGCGGCGGCGGCGGAGGCGGCGGGAGCAAGGAGAGCGGCUCCCGAGGUUGAAGCCGCCACCACUACCGCCGCCUGCGCUCGGAGCCAGGCGGCCGCUGGCCGCACCGCGCGCGGAUCGGGAGUGGGAGUCUAGAAGGCGAGGGGCUCGCCGGGGCGGGCAGGAGCGCUGGCCAUGCUCCUGGACGCGGGGCCGCAGUUCCCGGCCAUCGGGGUGGGCAGCUUCGCGCGCCACCAUCACCACUCCGCGGCGGCGGCGGCGGCGGCCGCCGCCGAAAUGCAGGACCGCGAACUGAGCCUGGCGGCGGCGCAGAACGGCUUCGUGGACUCCGCGGCCGCACACAUGGGCGCAUUCAAGCUCAACCCGGGCGCGCACGAGCUGUCCCCCGGCCAGAGCUCGGCGUUCACGUCGCAAGGCCCCGGCGCCUACCCCGGCUCCGCUGCGGCUGCUGCCGCUGCCGCCGCACUCGGGCCCCACGCCGCGCACGUCGGCUCCUACUCUGGGCCGCCCUUCAACUCCACCCGGGACUUCCUGUUCCGCAGCCGCGGCUUCGGGGAUUCGGCGCCGGGCGGCGGGCAGCACGGGCUGUUCGGGCCGGGAGCUGGCGGCCUGCACCACGCGCAUUCGGACGCGCAGGGCCACCUACUCUUCCCGGGCCUCCCCGAGCAGCACGGGCCGCACGGCUCACAGAAUGUGCUCAACGGGCAGAUGCGCCUCGGGCUGCCCGGAGAGGUGUUCGGGCGAUCGGAGCAGUAUCGCCAGGUGGCCAGCCCGCGGACCGACCCCUACUCGGCGGCGCAGCUCCACAACCAGUACGGCCCCAUGAAUAUGAACAUGGGUAUGAACAUGGCAGCGGCCGCGGCCCACCAUCACCACCACCACCACCACCCUGGUGCCUUUUUCCGCUACAUGCGGCAGCAGUGCAUCAAGCAGGAGCUCAUCUGCAAGUGGAUCGACCCCGAGCAGCUGAGCAACCCCAAGAAGAGCUGCAACAAAACUUUCAGCACCAUGCACGAGCUGGUGACCCACGUCUCCGUAGAGCACGUCGGCGGCCCAGAGCAAAGCAACCACGUCUGCUUCUGGGAGGAGUGUCCACGCGAGGGCAAGCCUUUCAAGGCCAAAUACAAACUGGUCAACCACAUCCGCGUGCACACGGGAGAGAAGCCUUUUCCCUGCCCCUUCCCGGGCUGCGGGAAGGUCUUCGCGCGCUCCGAGAACCUCAAGAUCCACAAAAGGACCCACACAGGGGAGAAGCCGUUCCAGUGUGAGUUUGAGGGCUGCGACCGGCGCUUCGCGAACAGCAGCGACAGGAAGAAGCACAUGCACGUCCACACCUCCGAUAAGCCCUAUCUGUGCAAGAUGUGUGACAAGUCCUACACGCAUCCCAGCUCACUGCGGAAACACAUGAAGGUCCAUGAGUCCUCCCCGCAGGGCUCUGAGUCCUCCCCAGCCGCCAGCUCCGGCUACGAGUCGUCCACGCCCCCCGGGCUAGUAUCCCCCAGCGCCGAGCCCCAGAGCAGCUCCAACCUCUCCCCGGCGGCGGCGGCUGCAGCGGCAGCGGCGGCUGCAGCGGCGGCGGUGUCCGCCGUGCACCGGAGCGGAGGCUCCAGCAGCAGUGGUGCAGGUGGCGGCGGCUCCGGUGGAGGCAGUGGUGGGGGCGGCGGGGCAGGCGGCGGGGGAGGCGGCAGCUCUGGCGGGGGCAGCGGGACAGCCGGGGGGCACAGCGGCCUCUCCUCCAACUUCAAUGAAUGGUACGUGUGAGGGGCCAGGGCCUCUCUCCCUUUCCCAGUCCCCAACCUGGCGCUGCCGCCCUCCGGCGCUGAGGGCACCCUGUGAUUGUGUUGCUAAAAUUAUGAAUCUGAUUUUUAUGAUAAUGAAAAUGAUUUUACCAGCAGAAGGGUUUUUAAAAGUAUUUUUUUUCUUUUUUAAUGAUCUCGGCAUGAAAAGCAAAAAUGUCCCUUCCGGCUCUCUGAAGCAGAAAAUAUAAAA